AUUUCUUUGGAGCUUCAAGAAUAGGCUCCCAGAUCUGGUCAAUCACCUUGGGACAGUGCCAGUAAGACUCUGUGUUUUGCUUUUGACUCUAGUCUUUUGGUCCAAUGGGAAUUUUGAAAAAUGCCAUCUCUAUGUCUGAGGAUGAACAAUGGAAGAGAUUACGAUCGUUGCUGUCUCCAGCCUUCACCAGCGGAAAGCUCAAGGAGAUGUUCCCCAUCAUUAGCCAGAUUGGAGACGUGUUGGUGAGGAACCUGAAGAAGGAAGCAGGGAAAGGCAAGCCAAUCAACAUGAAAGACUUCUUUGGGGCCUACAGCAUGGAUGUGAUUACUGGCACAGCAUUUGGAGUGAACAUUGAUUCCCUCAACAACCCACAAGAUCCCUUUGUGGAAUAUAGCAAGAAGAUCUUAAAAUUUAAUCUCCUCUCUCCAUUAAUUUUCUCAAUAAGUAUGUAGACUACUUUAUUCCUUUUUUUUAUUCCUUUUUCUUUAUUCCUUCUUCCAUCCCUCCUUCUCUCCCACCUUUC